AUUUGGAUUGGCAAGUGAAGAAGAAGUAGGGACAACAACAACAGAGUGGCUAAACCUAAUUUAAACUCUAGUGUGUGGAUAGGAAUCCAACCAAUUUUCUCUUCAAUUGUUGUUGUGCCUGGUCAGUUCUAGAGAGAGAAGAAAUGGGUGAAGAGGAAGAGAUUAUUGUAGAAGAAAAGAUAGACAACAAUUUGAACAAUGUCAAGGGUUUUCUGUGGAAGUUCCCUGUCUUCAAGACCAGAGAGUUAGGGAAGCUUGGCCCUGCAUUUGGUCUUGGUGUUGGCUGUGGUGUAGGUUUUGGUGUGGGAUUCCUUGGAGGUUUAGGGAUAGGUCCUGGACUUUCUUCUAAACUGCAGCUAGGAGUUGGUUUUGGUGCUGGAUGUGGAGUUGGAAUAGGCUUUGGUUACGGCAUGGGAAAAGGAGUUGCACAGGAUGACAGUGGGCGACAUGCUAAUCUUGGGAGACUUUCUCGGCAGAACGGAAAACUUCCUUUUCGGUACACUGCUGAUUAGCUGCAAAGGACACCGUGGCUUAGAAUUUGAUUGUGAUGCAGCUGACUUCUGUGAAGCAGGGUCAUAAGAAGAUUAUGUUUUUGUAGCAAACAUGUUAUAGACUUCUUAACAUCCUGUUCAGUCUUUUCAAGCUGGAGAUGAAAAGUCCCUCCUGUUUUGUAAGGACUUCUUACUGUCCAUCUCUUCUUUAUGUUUUACAAUAAAAAUGAAAUUAGGGAGUUGCUGCCUUCAGUAAUAGACAUCAUCAGGCUAUUGUCUGGGUGGGGUGAAUUCCUGAUUUUCUUGGAUCUUUUAGAUGUUCAAGACUCAAUUUCUUUCAGUUGUAAGGUGUUUUCUACACGAAGUUCCUUCUUCCAACAAAAAAUAAGAAGUUAUUCGAGUUUUCAAAUUUGAGUAUGUAACUAUUGUGUAUUAUUUAAUCAAACGAACAUUGAAA